UAAAUGUAUCUCACUUUCUAGCCGUCCUUUGAAGUGUACACAUCAAAAUGGACGCCGAACUUCAAGAGCAGAUCAGAAUUCAAGUCUCGAAUAUUCUGACGGUAAACCAAAAUGACAUGAUGAACCAAAUGCGUUCGAUUAUAUCCAGUGAAAUGGGAAAGAUGCAUGUGCAACAACAACAGCUUGCAGAAACACAGGUUUCCAAGAUAGAAGCUACCUUGACGGAUGGACCCAAAUUCAAGAAACGAGGGAAUGAAGAGCAAUUUAAGCAAAACGUGAAGGUGCUCAGCAAAAUGAAAGAAGCAGACAGUAUAUUGGACAGUAACAAUCCAACGCCAGAUACCGUAUGCAAAGCCAAGGAGAAGUUAGCGGAAGGUAUUUCUUUAAUGAACUAUAGACAAAAGUUAAUACGUAUUGCUGAUUCAUCCAAGCUGGGCUGGCGAGUUGUAAAUGAAUAUGAAACCAACCCGCUUGCAGAUGAUUCUGAGGAUGAAAGGAAAUUGUACAAGGCUGAAAACAGAGCGGAAAGAAAGGUGAAAGCUGAUAAGACAAAGAAAGCUAGACGAGUGCAUCCCUACGUACAACCAGCAGAACAAGCAGUUACUAGUAUGACAAGAAAACCAGGCAGAUGUUUUAAUUGUGGUGUAAAAGGUCAUUGGAAACAGGAAUGUCCUGAGAAACAGCAAAGAAAAAAUGAUAAGAUAAGUAAUAUUAAUACUUUAUAUAGGAAUAAUAUAGAAGUACACGUAGAUGAUCUACGUACAAAGGUUGAUACAAUUAAAUCACCAGUUAAUAGUUUGAGAAAACACAUAAACAAAUGGAAAAUCAUUCAAGCAAGUGAUUACAUUUUAAAUGUUAUUGAAAAAGGGUAUAUGUUACCGUUAAAAACUUUACCUGAGAAUGUUUUAUUAGAUAAUAAUAGAUCAGCUAAAGAAAACAAAUCAUUUGUAACAGUUGAAAUCGAGAAAUUAGUAUCUAAAGGGUGUAUAUCAGAAGUAUUUGUACAGCCUAAGGUUGUUAAUCCAUUAACGGUUGCAGGUAACAAGUCAAAACUUAGAUUAGUGCUUGACUGUCGUCACAUCAAUCCACAUUUAUAUCAGUUUAGCUAUAAAUAUGAAGAUGCAACUGUUGCAAGAAAAUUGUUUUCUGAGGGUGAUUAUCUGUUUUCUUUUGAUUUGAAGUCAGCUUAUCAUCAUAUAUUGGUACAGCAGGAAGACAGAACAUAUUUGGGUUUUCAAUGGGAGUCUAAAUUUUACAUAUUUAAUGUUUUGUGUUUCGGUUUGGCUACAGCAGGUUUUAUAUUUUCAAAAGUCUUAAGAGAGCUUAUAAAGUAUUGGAGAUCUAACAGUAUUAGGAUCCUAAUGUAUCUUGAUGAUGGUUUAGGGGGUGCUGACACUUAUGAUGAAUGCACCAAAGUUAGCCAUUGA